CGCACAUCCUCGUUCGAGCACUGUCAGAGGUGACAGCAAAGGUGACGUGCAUCAGAUGGAUCAGUUGAUCUUCCAUUUCAGCGACUGGAAAGGGUGAUGCGUCCCGGCCCUGGCUCCCUGCUGUCCGCAGCCAUCGCACGUGCCCACCGCCAGCAUGCCUCUUCCCUCCUGCUCACACAUCUGCAAUCGGCCCCCCCUCUCGCCCACGUCUGUCGCUAUCGCAGCCUGAGCACUUCUCGAGUGAGGCGUGCUGAUGUGCCCCGCGUCACAACCGACACGUCCCUCGAGGCGCCCGACGCAUCGCUGCUGGUACAAGACGAGAUCGCCCCUAAGAAGCGGCUGGUGAGUCUCGAGGAGGGGAUGUUCAAGUGGCGGUAUGGCGAGGACAGCGAGUAUGAGUAUCCCUACCUGCGGCUGGGCCCGCACAUGUCCAAGUACGAAGAGGAGCUCAUGGACCAGCCGGCCAGUGGCGCGACGGCCGUCAUGGCCGAGGUGGCGCCCUCGCCCUUCUUCUAUGUCUUCAUCCCGACCCUCAACUACUUCAGCACCCUGGAGGAGUUCAAGUCGGUCGCCACGGGGCUGGUGGAGAAGGGCCAUGAGUGCGUGCUGGUGGACUUUCCGGGCUUCCAUCUGGACCCUGACUUCAACACUGCCGUCGUAGAGGAGGAUCUGUUGGCCACGCUGGGCGACGGCUAUGUCGGCAACAAGGCCAAGAUCAGACAGAGGAUGCGCAAGAAGAGCAGCAGCAGCAGCCGGGUGGAGGAGGGGGCCAAGGCAGCGGCGACAGAGAAGAGGGAGAGGGGGGCGGGGGAGGCAGCCGAGGGUGGUGGUGGUGGUGGUGGUGGUGGUGGGUCCUCCUACACGAGCAUGGAUGACAGGGUGAUACGGUCGUGCACGGAGGCCAACCACAUCUACCUUCACUUCCUGCGGCAGUUCAUUGAGCACAUCUUCACCGACGGCAUGUCCAGGCACCUCUACAGCAAAGUCGUCUUGGUCGGGGCUGGACUGUCGGCUGUCUAUAUCAUGCGCUGCCUCGAGAUGAUCCUGCUCCCUCCCAGCGUCCCGGCUUUCACGCCUUUGAUCGAUCCCCCCCUACCCCCUCCCUCUGACGAGCUCAGGGAGAUCAUCCAGAGGAAGCUGCACCUGGUCACGCUCAUCUGCCCCAGCUGGCUGCACCUGUGGGACUACCGGAAGGUGUACAGCGUGCCUCGAGGGCGGAUAGGGUGGAUCUGUGCGUCGAUCAAGCGUGCGAUAGGGUGGCGGGGGAAGCCCGUCAAGAUGGAGCUGACCCUUGACAAGUACCGGCUGUAUCGGUCGCUGCUGACGGGGGACGGCCAUUACAAGAUCCCGGGCGAGGAGCGAUUCAGAAACAAGUUCUUCGGAACAGACAAAUUCAUUCUGAGGUAGCUUGGUCACCCAGCCACGUCCUAGAGUGUCAAUGCGAAUUAAUUGACUAUGUCCCUUUGGUGUGUCCUGUCCUGGGUGGUCCUCUUCGUGUGUCUUAAAUGUGUGUGGAUUGGCGUGGAUUGGCGUGGAAUGGUGGUCUGGUAUGGUGUGUCCAGGGAGUACGGGAGUUUGGUGCUGCGCAACACCAACCCCGACACAAUCGACGCCGAGAUGGAGAAGGAGAGGGGCUUUAAAAACACCAACCACGUCCAGAGCAUGAUGGAGCUCAAAGAGUGAGGGAGGGAGGGAGGGAGGGAGGACGCACAGCACCGCACCGCACCAACCCACCAGUGUGCGUAUGUAUGGGAUGUGUGUGGUCUCAGGGCGAUGAUGGAGGAAAAGAAGACGCCCAAAUACCUCUACGCGGCGGUGAGCCAGCCACGAGACAAUACACACACGCACACACACAUAGACAGACAGACAAACAGGCUGCCUUGUUUGUGUCUCGCUCAGUUGUCGGGUGGCUUGCUGGACGCGUGUAGGAGCUUGCAAGAGUUCACCAACCUAUUCAGGCGGCUCUGCCUACCCGCAGGUGGGCAGGUGGGUGAAUGGGGGUCGGACACCAAAACAGACCUCAGAUGGCCACGUUGGGUACCCACUGUUUGUUUGCUCGUUUGCCAGACUUGACGGCGAUGUCUGACGAGACGACCCCCUCUCACGGCAGCUUGAAGCCGCCCCUUGGCGUCAACACGUUCGUCAUCUUCGGCCAGUCGCCUGCGUGGGGAUGGGGCACAUCGGUCAGCCUGCGUGGCAUGCAGAUGGCUGUGGGGUGGGGGGCUCCUGCAUGCGUGUUGGUCUUGUUUGUGAGCCAUGUAUGUAUGUCCUCAGCAAUUUUGGUUGUCCUUCACCCCUCUGAAGGACAUGUUGGUUGAGGCCCAGAGGCAGCGUGCCAAGGUGACGGGCGAGAGGCCCGAUGACGUAAUGCUGCCGCUGCAACUGUCGUUCAACAGGGUGCGUGGCGUGGCCUCAACACACGGAGGAUGCAUGCCAUGCCAUGCAUCUAUGCCAUCGAAUGGUGGAUGGAUGGAUGUGCCGAGUGUGUGUGUGUGUGUGUGUGUGCAUUGUGUGUGUCAGGGCCGUGUGUUGCUGCAGGAGGAGUUCAGCAUGGACAUCAUUGACACCCUUGACAGGGCCGCCCAGGGCAAACUCAUCAAGAAAGACACCGAGAUCUGAGUGAGUGAGUUAGAGGCAGGCAGGGCAAGGCAGCAGAUACAUGAAUGAGACGUGACGUGAGUGCAUGUCAGUCAAUGUACGGCUGGGUGAAUGGCUGGGUGGCUGAGUGGCUGGCUGGGUGGAUUUACGUCAGGACUGGCCUGCGGUGCGGUGAGUCCAGUCCCCUAUGAGUAAGGCUUCACUCACAUACAGAUGGUGUGCAUGACUGGACGGAUGGAUGGAUGGACACAUACGUGUUCAACGUACG